AUGUCUCUUCCCACCUUCUAUCACACAGGGAGGUCUGAACCUGAUGUCUCACCUCCUAUCACACAGGGAGGUCAGAACCUGAUGUCUCUUCCCACCUUCUAUCACACAGGGAGGUCUGAACCUGAUGUCUCACCACCUAUCACACAGGGAGGUCAGAACCUGAUGUCUCUUCCCACCUUCUAUCACACAGGGAGGUCUGAACCUGAUGUUUCACCUCCUAUCACACAGGGAGGUCAUAACCUGAUGUCUCUUCCCACCUUCUAUCCCACAGGGAGGUCUGAACCUGAUGUCUCACCACCUAUCACCCAGGGAGGGAGGUCUGAACCUGAUGUCUCACCUCCUAUCACACAGGGAGCUGCGUACCUGGUGUCUCUUCCCACCUCCUAUUACACAGGGAGGUCAGAACCUGAUGUCUUACCUCCUAUCACACAGGGAGGUCAGAACCCGAUGUCUCUUCCCACCUCCUAUCACACAGGGAGGUCAGAACCUGAUGUCUCACCUCCUUUCACACAGGGAGGUCUGAACCUGAUGUCUCACCUCCUAUCACACAUUGAGGUCUGA